UCCCUGAGACCAAAUCCAAAAAUAACCAACUAUUAAUAGAAUAUUGGACCAGACAGGACUUCCCAUGCUGUCAGCUCUGAAAACACACACUACUGUGUGGGAGAAAGCCUACUGCAGACAAAAACAGCAUGGGGGACUUCCAGCCCUUUGAGCAGGACUUCUACCAGUCAGGAUACUACAUCGAUGACCAGGGUCAGACUGUGGCCUACUACGAGUCCCACAACUCCACAGACCCUGAUUAUGACGACAGUGGAACUUUCGAUCCCUCCAUGGAGCAGCAGUACGCUGGACAGUACUACCAACCUGACAUGACUUCUGGGACAAUGGAAGGAACAGGAACAUAUUUGCCUGAAGAGGAACCGUCCCUUCUUGAGGAACUUGGCAUCAAUUUUGACCACAUCUGGCAGAAGACCCUGACAGUGUUGAACCCCUUUAAGCCUGCAGAUGGCAGCAUCAUGAACGAGACUGAUCUGACCGGGCCGGUCCUCUUCUGUGUGGCACUGGGGGUCACGUUAAUGAUGGCGGGUAAAGCCCACUUUGGGUAUGUGUACGGGCUCAGUGCGACAGCCUGCAUUGGGAUGUACGUCCUGCUGAGUCUCAUGAGUUCCCUGGCUGUGUCUUACGGCUGUGUGGCCAGCGUCCUGGGCUACUGCCUGCUUCCCAUGGUGGGGGUCUCUGCAGUCGCCGUCUUUUACUCUUUACAAGGCUUCCUGGGAACAGUUCUGGCUGUGUUUGGAAUUUCUUGGUGUAGUCUCUCUGCCUCCAAGAUCUUCAUCUCUACCCUGGCUAUGGAAGGCCAGCAGCUGCUGGUGGCUUACCCCUGUGCCCUACUCUACGGGCUCUUUGCCCUGCUCACGGUGUUCUGAUGAUCGACAAGUUAACCCAGAGUAUCAUCUUUAUUAAUUUACCAACUGUCUUUGUUAUUCGUGCCAACAAAGUAAAAUGGAGGUUCCGUUUUCAGCCCUUUGUAUAUGUGUCUGAUUUUGCAAAGCACAUUGGGUGGAAGAUACCAUAAUACACACCUAAAUAGUUUUAUUUGACCAAUGUCAGUUUUUUAUUAUUUAAUGAAGCUAUAUGUAUCAUAGAUUUCCGGGGUUUCUCUGGUUCUCCUAUUAUUUUAAUGUGAGGGAGGUUAGUGUAGUGUUUGUUCACAUGCUUCCUUUAUGAUUACAGCUCUCCUUACUUAGCCAACUAUAAAACCGUAUAAAAUAUAACCAUUAUUUCAAAAGUUGUGUUUUUCUUUUUGUACUGUAACUUGCAAAGCAAACUUUUUGCAAGGAAGAGUGACAGAGUGCCAGUCGUACCCAAUCAGAAUUCUGACAAAUAUUUUGCCUGCAACGUUUAAGAAGGAAUAAGAUGAAUUUAUACGAUUAGAAGUCGGGUUGCUCACCAACUGUUUUUUUAUUUUUUAUUUUUUAAUAUUUUUUGGGAGCUUUUUGCCUUUAAUCGGAUAGGACAGUGGAGAGUGACAGGAAAGUGGGAGAGAGAGUCGGGGUGGGAUCUGGAAAGGACCAAGGGUCGGGAAUCAAAUCCAGGUCGCCGGCAUACGGUACAGGUGCCCCAGCCAGUUGCGCCACGGCUGGGGCCGCUCACCAACUAUUUUAAGCUUUUAUUCAAACCAGAGAAUGCCAAUUAGGUGACCCCCUCCAGAGGGCAGCCUCAAAUUCAAAACGUGUUUUAAAUGGAAAAUGAAGAUAAUCACAGAAAAAAUAUGCUAUGGCAAAACAAGCAUUUUGGCUCCUACAUGCAUUGAAAGAGUUUUAAAUGUCCUUUAAAUCUAUCAUGUCAGCAGGUGUGUGUUGCAGCAGGACAAUGAACCAAGAUUAUGACGUUUUAAAUUUAGAAUACAGAUUAAUUGACAAGUAACAUAACAAUUCACCAAUCAACAAAGAGAAAAAAAGAUCAAUAAUACAUUUGAGAAUAUAGUUAACGGAAAACAGAUGCAUAAUAAAUCUCAUUGCUACAUUACUUCAUCUAACCAGUAGUGUAAAGUAACUAGGUAGAUUAACUCAAGUAUUUGAGUAUGAGUAUUUCCAUUUUAUGCUUUGCACUUUUACUCCACUACAUUUAUUUAAUCCCUUCAGUUACUUUACAGAUCAGGAUUAAUGAUGGUAAAUAUAAUCAGCCCUUAAAUCAGACUUUAGUUCACCUGGAGUAAAUUCAGCAGCUACCCUGCAGUAUACAAAGCCAUUCAAACUAGCUGCACCUUUACCAGCUCUGAGAACACUUUAAUGAUCAAUCAUUAUAAAACAUAUCAGAGAUAUUAUUCUGAAAUGGACCAAUCAAACAAUGACUACUUUUACUGUCGCCACUUUAAGUACAUUUAGAUGAGAGUACUUUCUACUUUCACUGGAGGAACAUUUUGAAUGCAGGACUUUUACUGUGACAGAGUAUUCCUGCACUCUGGUACUGCUACUUUACUCAAGAACAAGAUCUGAGUACUUCUCCACCUCUGUAUCUAACUAGAGGGUAUUAGUGUUGUUUUGUGUUGUACCUCACAGAUUGUUCCCAUUUAUUAUCAAAAAUAUGAAUUUCUAAAUCUCAUGUUUUUUUUUUACCAUUCCAUUCAUUUCAUUCAUAAGAUCCUGAAGAGAGUUAUCUUUUCCAUUGUAAUUCUAAAAUUAAAGUCUGAUUCUUUA